CACACAUACACAGUGUUGGGGGGAUGCACCUCCAGAGAGACAGACACGGUGUGCACUGCACGGAGUGCCUACGUGUAGCUAGUUUAUUCUCACUGUGCUCUCUGUGGGAUGUGAGUGCGUCCAUGCGCUGAUUGGUGGAUGGAUGGAUGGAUGGACGUACUGGUGACCUUUCCUGCCAUUUCAUGACCCAUUUAGAUUUCGAUGUCAGCAGUCAGUCAGUCCAUGUGGACAAGGCGCACACACAUUCUCGCGUCUCUGUCUGUCUUUGCCCGUCAUAUAUGUCGGCGCACCGCACCGUGGCGUUCGUUCACCUUGACGGGUGCAGCUGUAGCAUUCGAGUGGGUGGGCAUUAUAACACACAAUCACGUGGCAUUAUAACACACACUCACAUGACAUACUACAGCAGACACACGCCAGGCGAGCACCAUGCCAUGCACGCCACGCACAACCUGACUGACAGAUUCCUCCACUCCGUGUGUCGGUGCAAGCGCAGCGACAGCCACGCCACGCGCAUCGCAUCGAUUGUCCGCUCAUCUCAUUCACUGACUGUUUGCAAGUACGUACGUAAGCAUGUAUGUAUGUAUGUAUGGGUUUCACUGUGCAGCAACAGCCUCGCUGUGAGCUGCCUGGGCCAGAGAGUGAAUGAGAGAGUGAGUGAGCAAAAGAGAGAGAGGGGCGAGUCCAGUGCACACACGCACCGCACCCGCUCUUCCUUCAUUCGUCAGGCCUUCAAUAGUCAGUCGAUCAGGCGAUCGACGCAUUGCAUUCCAUCCCUCCCCUCCCCUCCUCUCCCCUCCACAUGAACACAUGGAAACGAAAGGAGAAAAAAUGGGGAUUGUCGAUACGAUGCACACACUCAUGGAUGGAUGGAUGGAGCCCUCUCUCUCUCUCUCUCUCUCACACACACACACACACACACACACAGGCAAUAGAAACCAAGGAAGGCAAGGCAAUCCAAUCGGUGAGAACAAAAUCAGUCAGGGGUAGUAGCUAGGCUAGGCUAGGCAGGCCGACAGACAAGGGGAGGUGGAAGGAAAAUAACUCACAAAACUGGGCAGUGAGUGAGUGACGAUACACACAUAAGGACGGACAUCUGCAAGUGGGGUGGGUAGGAGGGGAGGAGAGGAACCGCUUAGCGUUAGUCGACAAGAAAAGCAAGCACGCGGGAGGCACACACACACACACAGUGCAUCCAUCAAUCAGGCCACCCACGAUCGUGUCGUGGUGCAUCGCAUCGGUGUGGGUCGCAUCGCAUCGCAUGUAGGUAGGGAUGGGCUGAUGAAAACAAACUCUCUGUUUAUUGCGUCAGUCAUCUGUGCAAUCAAUGCACGCAGGCAGACCGGCAUCUCUCUCUCUUUUGCGCAUGCAUGGACGGCGCAGCACACGACACCUCUCUCGCUCUUUCUUUGUCUCAGCCUACCGCUACACACACCGCACCGCACAAACACUCAGACACAUGGUCGACUGACACACAGACAGUAAGUAACAUGAAGAGGCCAAGCCCCAAAGCGGCUGGCCUGACCCACAUACACAUUAUAUUGCAUGUAUGUGUAUACGUAUGUGUGUGUGUGUGUGUGCGAUCGCCCGCAUUCAGACAGCCGGCGAGUGAGUCCGUCCAUCCAUCCAUCCAUCCAUCCCAGCACCUCAGAACCCCACCCUCUAAUUCUACACAUCACCAUCGCGUCUCACACAUAUAUAGUCAGCCCUUUCUUCAAAGCAUGUAGUCAGUCAGUAAGCAAAAUGCAGCCCGCCCGCCCCCGUCCCUCGCGCCUGCGCCUGUCAUGACUGACAGUCUUCAGUUAGGCCUUUUUGCUCUCCAACGACUUUGACACACCGUACAGGAGUGUGCCGCCGACGGCGAUGGCCGAUCCGAGUGCGCCGAGUGGUGUGAAUUUGGUACCGAAGACGAUGACGGACGCCAGGAUGAGGGCCACGCGCUUGAAGGUGUUGGCCACGGCGUGACUCACAGUGUUCAAACGAGACAGAGACAGGAAGGCCACCUGAACAAGACAGAUAAGACACACGUGCGGCAAUGUGUAAGUGUGUGUGCAGCCACCCAUGGGUUGGUUUGGUUCUCACCUCGUUGUAGAGGUAGUACCAGAAUCCCGAUCCGACGACGUGUCGGAUGAUCUGCUUGCCGGUGAUGCCGUUGGCGAGUGCGUUGUUCCACACGGGCACGAUCGACUUCAUGUCGAACAGCGCCAGAGGCACCAGGAACAUGGUCGCGAAGAUCGUCAGGAUGGCGUACAUGUUGCUGGGCGUCAGGUUCUCGCCAAGCUUGUCCUUGUCGCCCAUCGCCUUCUUGCUGUAGAUACCUGCACUCACACAACAAACAGAAGCACCGGUGAGUGACACACAUACUGACUGACUGGCUGUAGUUGCUGGUCUGGUCUACUGGUGAACCGUGUCCGUGUCUGUCUGUCGGCGGACCUCUGAGCGAUGACCCGACGUUGGAGACCAUGGCACCGAUGAAGGCCCUCCAGGUGAAAGAGAGCUCCUUGAGCGACGCGAGCGACACGCCAAAGAUGAUGGGGACCAGGCUGAGGUAGGUUAGGGGCGAGAGGUAGUUCUGCAGCACCACCGCAGAGAGCACCGAGGUCGUCACGGGCUCGGCCGCCUUGACGAUGUGGACGAACGAGAUGGCGCCGGCGCCCAGUGCGAUGACGGCCGAGAUGUGGACGGAUGCGUGGAAGAGGCCCUGGAUUGCGAGCUGCUUGACGCCCUCGGAGUUGUAGAUCUUGGGCUUGGGUCGGAUGCCGGUGAGCCAGGGGAGCAUGAAGAUGGGGAUGCCCACGAGCAUCUGGAGGGCUGACACCGUCAGCGGCAGGGGGUACAGGUUCAGCGCCCUCUUGUUGUCCACAUUGUACAGCACGUUGAACGCAUACCUGAUAGAUACAUACACACACACACAUGGAUGGAUGGACGGAUGGAUGGAUGUCUCCCCUGGUACCACCAGCAUAGCAUGUGUGUGCCUCACUGCCUGACUGACUGACUCACCAGAGGAAGAGGAAGAAGAAGGUCUUGGCGGUCUCGACCAUGUCACUCCCGGUGUCCCCGUUGACCUCCUUCUUGAGGGUGCUCAGCGACUUCUGGUACCCCUGCUUCUCCAGAAACGCCAUGACCUUGUCCAGGUCAAGGUCGAGCGUGCUUGUCGCCAUCGACGUGGUCGUCGCCUCGGUCGUGGCCACCGACUCUAGCGCCGUCAUGCCCUCGGGGAAGAGCCGGCCAUUCCUCGCCCGCCCGAAUCGCUGCGCUGAUGGGACGGGCUGCGAGAAUGGGGAGGCCACGAAGCCCUCACCGGACGCCAUGAGGGAGGCGAAUGCGUCGGCGGCAUCGUCCAGGUCCGACAGGAAGGCGUCCGUUGCGUCGUCCCGUGCAGUGGUGUCGGCCUCUUCCUGGAGAUCCUGCCUUUCCAGCAGCGGCGCCAGCUGGUUGAGGCCUCGUGUGGCGCGGAUCUUGUAUGCCACACUGCUGGCAUACCCGCAGCUCACCAGGCAUGCGAGGCAUAGCGCAAUGACGCUCCUCAUCAUCAUACUGGUCGGGGUGGGCAGAUGAGAUGGUGAGUGGAGGAGGGCGGGCUGCUCAGGAAGGAGGGGGGAGGAGCAGGGGUGGUAGAGGCGGUACUUCAACUUUGAGCUCGCACCAGUGGGAUCGUUUCGUUUUUCGAAGGCGCUGACGGGCAGCCCACCCAU